AUGUCCGUCGCCACCGAUUUCUGGCGACGCAAGUACGAGCGAGACGCGAGAAAGUACUGGGACACCUUUUACAAGCAACACGGCGAGAAUUUCUUCAAGGAUCGACACUGGCUCGCUCGUGAGUGGCCCGAGGUGUUUCCACUGGCGGCCGAACGAAUGUCGAGCGAGCACGUCUCCGAGACGUCGCGCGAUCGCGUCGAGGACCGCGUCGGGUCGGCGCCGACGUACGUCGUCCCCGUGGACCGCCCGAGGGCGUUCCUGGAGGUUGGAUGCGGGGUCGGGAACACGGUGUUUCCGAUUGUUGAGUUGGAGCCCGAGGCGACGGUGUAUUGCUGCGAUUUCAGCGCUCGGGCGAUCGAUUUGGUGAAGCAGAGGGCUUCGACGUUAGCGGAAAAGGAUAGGGGACGCGUGAAGGCGUUCGUGUGCGACGCGACGUGUGAGAGUUUGUUGGAUAACGUCCCGGCGGGUUCGAUCGACGUGGCGACGCUGGUGUUCGCGUUGAGCGCGAUGUCCAGGGAACGCAUGUCUUUUUGUUUGAGGAAUCUAUCGACGGUGAUGCGCGAUGGACAGAUCGGGACGAUUUGUGUUCGAGAUUACGCCGCGGGAGAUCUAGCUCAAGAGCGGUUCGAGGGGAAGUCGGCGGGGAACCAGAAGAUAUCGGAGAAUUUCUACGUUCGCUCGGAUGGAACCAGGGCGUAUUACUUCACGCGAGAGGAUUUGAGCGCCCUAUUCGCGGACGAGGGCAUGGAGCUUCGCAACGUGCACGUGCAAGAGGCCGUGAUCACGAACAGGGCUGAGGCGAACGAUAUGAGCAGACGAUGGAUUCAGGCGACGUUCGCGAGUCCAAAAGCGGCGGCGACGAAUUUCGAGCCGCCGCCGCCCGUCGAGUUGCCGCAGCGCUGGACCCCGCCCGUGAAGUCUUCGUGA